UCCAGACUUAACUUUUCGGGUGGUGGCUUACAGGAGGUUCGACUGUAUGUUACAACAAAUAUUCUCAUAACAAAACUUUUCAAAAUAGUAAUCGAUGCAAACCUUCUCCUUUGUACGCUCUUUCUCUUAUUGUAAUUCAGGUGGAGAAUAUGAAGCUUUGAAUCAGUAUUCAUGGAUAACUAUUAAUUAUCCCAACCAAGAUUUUAGCCAAGAAAAGCUAGAUCCGCCAUCCUUUGUCCACAGUUCCUAUCAACUUUUACUUUUUUAUCUGGAGUACGAAUAUAUUCAAUAUGGCGGCCCACAGUCAAGACUAUCUGGCGUGUAUUUUAUCAUACCUGGAUAACUCUGGCUUAAAAAAUGGAUUAGCACUUUUAGGUCUUUUGUGGACAGCCAAAGUAUCUUUAACUCUUGCUUUCAACAUCGUGAAAGGCAUGAGAAUAUAUUUGUUAGCUCAAGCCACGCGAAGGAAUAAUUUUCGUACCAAAUAUGGCGGCAGAUGGGCAGUUGUUACAGGUGCAUCUGAAGGAAUAGGAAGAUCAUUUGCAUGUGAGUUGGCACAAUGUGGAAUGAAUGUUGUUCUGAUGAGUCGCUCAACCCAAAAAUUGGAAAAGGUUGCAGAGACCAUAGAAAAAGAAUGCAAGGUUGAAACACGUAUCAUCCCAAUAGACUUUGCCACACAGGAUGUUUACCAGAAAAUAACCACUUCACUAGAGGGACUCGACAUAGGCAUUUUAGUGAACAACGUUGGUGUAAUGUAUGACUAUCCACAAUACUUUUUGGAUGUUCCCAAACAGAAACUUUUUGACUUGAUAAAUAUUAACAUGACUUCGCUUAUAAUGAUGACACGUGUUGUUUUACCCCAGAUGUGUAAAAGGAAACGGGGCGCAAUUAUUAACAUGUCGUCUAGUGCAGGAGAGUUGCCUACACCCCAGAUGACAGUCUAUGCUGCAACUAAGGAAUUUGUGGACAGUUUUUCACGUGCUCUUGCUUUUGAGUAUGCCCCGCAAGGGAUUGAAGUUCAGUCUCUGAGACCGUUUUACGUGGCCACAGCCAUGACAUACGGUACAAAAGCUAAUAUCGUUGUUCCAUCACCUGAAACGUACGUGAAGAGUGCACUUUACACACUGGGAUUGUCAAGACGAAACACAGGCUACUGGAGUCAUGGUAUUCAGGGUUGGUUUGUUAGUUUUUGUCCCGAAUGGCUCUGGAUGUGCACCGCUACUUUGCUCAACAAUCAAAUCCGUCGAGUUGUUCUUAGAAAUAGAAAGCAGUGACGAUUUUCUUAUUGGAAGCUUUCCUUUAAUAUUAAUCUCAUUUCUUUGUUACAAAUAAUCCAAACCGAUUAAAUCGGCUCCCUACAAUUAUAAUAGGUAUCGUAAGCCAACCCUGAAUUAUCAUGUGCUCUUGUUUCAUUCAUUUGCUGCACAUAUCUAAGUUUACUCUGAUCCCUUUUCCUUUGAAAAUUAAAGGUAACUAUCCGUUUUUAUAAAAAUUAGUAUUGUAUACUCUGCCAAUUUUUAUGGCAAGAAAAUCUAAGACACCUGAUGCAACUGAAAGAAAAUUCUGGGCUGGUCGAAUGAACUCAUGUCUAUUGACAUCUGUGUAUACAUC